AUGUGGGGAAGAGCAGCCUCCUGCUCCGCUUCGCUGACAACUCCUUCUCUGGCAGCUACAUCACCACCAUCGGCGUGGACUUCAAGAUCCGAACCGUGGACAUCGAGGGGGAGCGGGUGAAGCUGCAGAUCUGGGACACGGCGGGUCAGGAGAGAUUCCGAACCAUCACGUCAACAUACUACAGAAACACCCACGGGGUCAUUAUUGUUUACGACGUGACGAAUCCUGAGUCGUUCGUAAACGUUAAGAGAUGGUUAAACGAAAUCUCCCAGAACUGUGACAACGUCUGCAAGAUCCUGGUGGGAAACAAGAGCGACGACCCCUCCCGGAGGCAGGUGGAUACCCACGAUGCAAUGCGUUUUGGGGAGUCAGUGGGUGUUCGGGUCUUUGAGACCAGUGCCAAAGAAAACAUAAACGUGGAAGAGAUGUUCAUGGCCUUCACCCACAUGGUGCUCCGAGCCAAGAAGCAGAGUCAGAACAGAGCCGAGCGGGAGCGAGAGCGGGAGAAGGACACGGUCAACAUCAACGCCCAGAGGGACCGAGACCGCCGGAAGAGAGGGAAGAAAUGCUGCUGAGUCGCAGACGGACGCCAUAGUCACUCGACGCUCGGCGCUUAAACAACAUUGGGAAAACGGUGCCUUAGGAGUUUAAUCUGCAGAUAUGAAUGUGAGAAACUGUGGUUCGCUCUUUACUAAGCCAAGUUUCAACACAACAGUCAGGUUGUUACAGUCACUGAGGGAUUCAGGCCGAGUCCACACAACACACUUUAGUUUUAGAAUGCAUCGCUGUUGCUAAAACUCUGGUUUGUGUUUUAGUCUGAACAGAAAUUGAGUCUUUAGUAAACGAUGACGCCCACGUCCUCUUCCUGAUUGGUUCUCAUCAGUCACAUGACUAACACUUCCUGUCAGAAACAGCUCCACCUCGUCCCUGCUCUGACUUUUCACCAUCACUGCUCCUCCUUCAGAGUUUCUGUGACUAAGCAACCGACUGCAGAGGAGACAAUCUACUUCCUGUUUACAUCACAUGACCAGUGGACGUGAGCGGUCAUGUGACGUGUGUGAGUGUGGCCAGAGAUCGUCUUCAGUUUAAAACUAAAGCGUAUCCGUGUGGACGGAGCCUUGAUCUGUUAUCACUGACUUCAUGUAGCAGUCGGGAGGUGACCAGAGUAAAGGACCAGUCUGAUGUUUCGUUAAAAGCAGGUUGUAGUGUUUCAGAGUUUCAUGUCCGUUAAAGAGUCCUGAGGACGGAGCCGCUCGGAGACGUCUGCACCUCAUCAUCAAUUUUACUUGAUUAAUCAAUAAUUUCUCAGUGUAUAAAUGUCAGGAAAUGAAAAGAGCAGUUUACACCUUCCGAACUCCCACAGCAGCGUCUUUAACUCGCUCGACACGUUGAGUUUAUUUAAAUAUUAGAGAAAGGAUGAAACAGAAAAUCUCCAAAAUGACUCCGAGCUUUGAGUUUUAUCUUCGACAUCUGUGUCAAUGCGUCGGAGUCUCAGUCUCUCAACCUUAACGAGGAUGAUCUUUCUGUUGUGAAACCAAUGUCGAGUCAGUCUCAACAAGUAACUCAUUCAAACCAGACUGAGCAGGAACUCGAACUACCUGAAGUAUCCUUGUCCCGUCUACUAACAGGGAGGAGGCAGCGUUACGUCAUGUCAUCCAUCUUUAUUUACAGAAAACCUUUGAAAACACUACAAUCUGCUGUUAAACAGAAUUGAGAUUUAAACUUUAACUGUAUAAAACACUGUCAUGGUCCUUUAACGUUGCUCUAGUGAACCACUGAUUUUUGCCUUUUUGUUUUUCUAACCAGUGAUUUACCGAUGAAAGGGAACUGGUUGUAGUCGUUACUAAAUCUUAAACUUGGCACACUAACAGCUGUUGUGUUCAGUCUCAGUACGUUUGCCUCGUUUCAUUCAAAUAACGCCAGUAAACUCCGACGACAGGACGCGCUUCAGAAAACUAAAUGUUCCAGUUGUCGGUUUUUGUUUUUUUAAUGUAAAUCUGUCGCUGAGCAAAUGUGUCCAAAUCCAAAUAAAGCAAUAAAUCCAGAGUUUGUUCAGAUGAAAAAGUGAUUCAUGUAAAAUUCAAAGAGCUUGUGAAGGUGAUGGGCUGCGGUGUAGAGAGAGAGAUGGUGUUAAUCAAUAAUCCAUGUGUCUGUUAGUGUGGAGUCAUUGUUUCAGGAGCAGAACUUGAAGUUUUACUGAAACUUACAAGGUUUUAAUUUAAACUAACUUCAGCUCCUUUUACCAGGAGAUCGUCAUUAAAGUUAAAUCAACACUUAAA